AUGAGGCGAGACAUGGAGGAGCAGACGCCACCGCCAACGAUUCUCCUAAGGCUGCCUCCCCCCCUACGCCAUCGCGUAUAUCUUCACAUAGGCAUAGCCCGCCGCGACGGGCGCCCAUACACGUAUUACCUGAAUGGCCGCAAGGAGUCACGAGAAAUUGUUUCGGCCUUUGACCCGCCUCCGACGCGCAACUUCAUGGGUUUACUCCAGUCCUGUCGCGCCUUGUACACCGAAGCCGCUGCCCUGCUGUAUUCUGCCAACCAGUUUGUCAUUCACGCUCACAAAGCCUCUGUCGAGCCCCUCCGAGCUCUGUCGCCAACAGCUAUCGCCUCCUUGACGAGUCUCAAGAUCGUUCUCAACGAGACCUCCUGCCACUCUCCAAUCAACUCGAGCAGCUACCCACCGGUUUGCUGUUGUGACGACGUCGAGCGUCAGCCGCACCCCAAUAGUGUCCGCGCCUAUUGCGCCAGAUACCACAAGAUGCACCAUCGACCGCUACUCGAUCCCGUCUCGUCGGGCACAGACCCGAGUUCCCCUAAGUCAGCAGCCCAAGCUCUACUGACUAACUGGCACGACGCUGCGGUUCAUUUGUCGCCCCACGUUCGCCCGGGGCAUCUACAGCUCUCGUUAGUCUGCGAUGAGGUUACGUGGAGUAGGAGAUUUUUUCGCUACCAAGUAUGCCCCCCAGCUUGUCACCAUUACGAGCAUACAUGCGAGCCUCACAUCCAUCACGGUUGCCGGCUGAACCAAUGCCUGGGCGUCGAACCCUCGGCCCGGCCAGCACCAUCCCCCGGCUGCUUUUGCCGUCGCCGACACGCUGCCUUCUCCUCCACCUGCAACUGCUGGGACCCGCCAACCAGCCUCUUUCUCGUCUGCCGCGUCUUAUACCGCGAUGCCCAGCUUGUCUUCUUCUCGCGUAACCGUUUUAUUGUCCACGACGUCCAGGCGUCGCCGUACUGGGCCCUGGAUUCUAUAACCCUGGGAAACGAACCAGAGGACUCGGAAACGGCUAGCACUGCGGUGGACUAUCCCUAUGGGCGUCUUGCUGCGUCGCAUUUCCUUCGAGAUGCAAUCCCUAUCGACUGUCUCGCCCACCUCCGAUUCCUCGAGCUUGUGUUCCCGCCCUAUGGGCCGCACGACUGGCCCGUUGAUCAACACCCCGCCAUAGUGGACUGGCGCAACACGGUUAAGUGGCUGCGUUGUAAGAUCAACACACCGGCGCUUACCGAGCGUGUUGUCUUUGCAGACUUCUUCAACGACCCGGCGGCACACCGCUGGCAAACGACCCAGGACGAGGAGCUGCAGAUUGUGAGAGGCUACAUGGACAUCGCUCAAUCGUUGAGGGCCCUGGUCCAGCACGACGGUCUAGCCUCGCUAUUCGUACAGGCUGCAUUUCCCUGGUCAUGGGGAGAGGCCGUCACCCGACGGGCGGCACAUCCGGACAGCUGGUGGAUCCAGCAGCUGGCCGAGGAGGAGCAACGGCUGAAGGAAAGAUUGGAAGGCAUACCAGGCCGUGAGGGGCUUGUCGAUUCACGCCGCAAACCUGAGCCGGGAAGGAGCAAUUGGCAGACCUGUACACACCUCGCCCUCGCCCCUACAUAUGAUCCUACCCACCCUGACCACAAGCAGGCGCCCGGCCCCCUCCUGCGCCUACUCGGCCUCGACCGUGUUCCAAAAUGA